GCAGCAUGACUUUACUCUCUCGCUAUAAAUUCGUCUUUUGUUGAUAAUUGUGAGGGCGCAUGUUUGUCUCCAGUCUCCUCCCGCUUCAGACUUGACGAGAGCGAUUACUUUAUAUAUAUAUAUACUCAUCACUGCUUGCUUACUCACAACCAGUGUACUCAUUAGAGAGAGAGAGAAUGGAGAGAGCCCUAACAAAAGUGAACAGCUUAAAAGUUGGAAGCUUGUGGAUCUCAAAGAAGGCUAAGGAAGAGUUCUCUAACAUCUCUGACGACCUCACUACUUUCUCGAACACUGUCGAGGAGAAGGCAAAAUGGGUUUUCAACAAACUAAAAGGAAAGCCACCAAAAAGCUUACCAGAUCUCCUUCGAGAGUACAACUUGCCGCCGGGGCUCUUUCCGCAGAACAUAACCUGUUAUGAGUUUACUGAAUCAAACGCCAAGCUGAUAGUGUAUUUGCCCUCUCCAUGUGAAGUUAGCUUCAAGGAUUCUUCUGUUAUACGGUACGCAACCCGGGUAAAGGCAAUUCUUCUGAGGGGAAAGCUCACAGGGAUAGAGGGAAUGAAGACCAAGGUUGUAGUAUGGGUUAAGGUCACUUGUGUGGCACUCGAAAGUUCCAAGUCCGAUAAGGUGUGGAUUACAGCCGGCGUUAAGAAGUCAAGACCCAAGGAUGCCUAUAUGACACCCUGUGACUCUGUUAGAGUAGAAGAAUUCUAAGCUUUUUGAGUAAAAUAUAAUGGGAAGAUGAUCUGAAUUCUUGCUAGCUUCUUACUUAAUUGGCAUUGGCAUUUAUGUAGCUGCUUCUUGUUUGAUUGCUUCAAAUGCAGAGGAUUGUUAUGUGGUUAUCUCACAAUUUGGCCGUUGGAUAAAUAUUAUUGGGAUCGAUAAUGCAAUUGCUUCUUUUGCACUUGA